GUUUUAGUUUCUAAGCUCCACCCACAAGGUGUAGAGGGUCUUUAGCAUCGCUUGAUAAGGAAACAAACAAGUGGGCAAUACACACAUACAUCUGAGCCACAUGCCUGCAGACGUUGCACUUCAACAAUAAGGUACAGCGCUGUCUUUUCAUACUUCUACUUCAACAAAUCAUAUUGUAAACCUACCGACAUUGAAAUCAACGUGUUAAAUUCUAGGGCUCAGCUCAUUACUUGCUGCUGUCAUUUUUGAUGAAUUAAUUGGUGCCCUCAUUCGAAGAGGACACAUCUCUAAGAAAGACAAUGGCAGAGAUUAAACAGAACACAAACUUUUACUAAAUGCACAUUGUUGACUAAAUGUAAUUAAGCUAAUAUGCAGCUCUGUCUUUUAUAUUCCGUUAUUUCUUCUUGAGCUUUAACCCUCCUGCCUAAACAAUUUUUACAAUGUUCCAAGCACUUUUUGCCUAAAGUUAAAUAUGCUUUUUUGUUAGAAGUUAGUUGCCAGUUUUUGACCAUUUGUUUACUCCAAAUAGCAAAAUGGCCAUGUUUUUAUGUGCAGAUUUUUUUUUUAUUGUUGAUUUUCUUAUAGAACAUGUAAUUUGGUAGAAUUGUUUCUACAGCGUCCAAACUUUAAGACGCAUAGAGUGAUCUUGUGCGUGUGCUAUUAUUUACCUGGUCUUGAGCAAAUAUUUUAGCAGUCCACCCACCUGUUGGCUGAUCCUACACCCUUCAAGGUGAGAUGAAGGCCUUGCACUUGAAAUGUGCCACCUAAAUGUAAAACAACAGAAGUACAAUCCUAAAGAUCCCCUUGUGUCCACAGCUGUAUAAAUAUCAUCCUGAAACUUAAUGUUUUACGUGUAAAAAAUCAACUGUGUAAACUUGUUCCAAGCAUGUGCUGUUGAAGUAUAAUGGUAUUGAUGCUACCUUUAAAAAAUAUAAUUCCUUAAAUUGCACCAUGAGGACAUAGUAUUGGAGAGAUCUUUCUAUGGUCUUAAUGUGUCUCAAUAUGCUAUAGCCAUGAACCAGGACCGCCCACGUUAUGUGAUUGACAGGCCGGCAUAUAACCUCCCAGACUUUGACAGAGAGUUUGACAAGAAGAGUCGACAAUUCCCCGUUGGAGAGAAAGUGAAGAAACUCUUCAGAUGCUCUGUGCUGAGACUCAAGGGCUUGUUAUUCCGACAUCUGCCUGUACUGAGCUGGCUGCCCAAGUACAAAGUGAAAGACAACCUGCUGUGUGAUGUCAUCAGCGGGGUCAGCGCCAGCACCAUUCAGGUUCCCCAGGGCAUGGCAUUUGCCCUCCUGGCAAGCCUCCCUCCUGUCAAUGGUCUCUAUUCCUCUUUCUUCCCUCUCAUCCCGUAUUUCUUCAUGGGCACUGCUCACCAGAUGGUCCCAGGUACGUUUGCUGUCCUCAGCAUUAUGGUGGGAAUCGUAUGUCUUAGGCUGGCGCCAGAGUCAGACUUCAGUCAUUUCAAUGCCACACUUAAUUCUACAAUAGUGGACACAGACCAGAUGAAUGAGGUUCGUCUGGGAAUAUCUGGAACCCUGGCCUGUCUCACUGCAAUUAUACAGAUUGGCCUUGGUUUCAUGCAGUUUGGGUUUGUAGCCAUCUAUCUGUCGGAAUCCUUCGUCAGGGGCUUCAUGACUGCUGCAGGACUGCAGAUCCUCAUCUCAGUGCUCAAGUACAUCUUUGGCAUCCAAAUGCCACCUUAUAGUGGUCCGCUGGCCGUUAUAUAUACUCUCGUAGAUAUUAUACGUAGCCUUCCUGAUACCAACAUAGCGUCGUUGGUAUUUGCUCUGGUCAGCAGCAUAGUUCUGAUUGUAGUGAAGGAGCUGAGUGCACGCUACCGCCACAAGCUGCCCUUUCCCAUUCCUAUGGAGAUCAUAAUUGUGGUGGUGGCGACAGCCAUCUCAGGCCCUCUGCAUCUUCCUGAGAUCUACCACAUGGACAUAGUGGGAGAAAUACCUUUGGGAUUCCCAGCCCCCAUCCUGCCAACAGUGAAUCAGUGGGAAGACAUGUUGAGCACAGCUUUCUCCCUGGCAAUCGUGGGGUAUGUCAUUAACCUGGCAAUGGGCAGGACACUGGCUGCCAAGCAUGGCUACGACGUGGAUCCCAACCAGGAAAUGUUGGCUCUUGGCUGCAGCAAUUUCCUCGGGUCCUUCUUUAAGAUCCAUGUGAUCUGCUGUGCCCUGUCGGUAACCCUGGCGGUAGACAAUGCUGGUGGAACAUCACAGUUUGCCAGUCUAUGUGUGAUGCUGGUUGUUAUGGUUACCAUGCUGGCAUUGGGAGCCUUCCUGAAACCACUUCCAAAAUCAGUGCUUGGAGCCUUGAUUGCAGUCAACCUGAAGAACACGCUCCUACAGCUCUCUGAUCCCUAUUACUUAUGGAAGAAGAGCAAAUUGGACUGUUGUGUGUGGGUUGUGUCAUUCUUGGCCACAUUCUUUCUCAGCUUGCCUUAUGGAGUUGCUAUCGGAGUGGGCUUUUCCAUCCUGGUAGUGAUAUUCAAGACACAGUUUCGCAAUGGUUCAGCAAUGGUUCAAAUUAUGGAUACAGAUAUCUACAAAAAUCCAAAGGUGUACAGUAAGGUCGUGUCAAUAACUGGUGUGAAAAUAGUGAACUAUUGCUCACCACUCUAUUUUGCAAAUGCUGAAAUAUUUCGCCAGAGAGUCAUCAAAAAGACUGGGCUGGACCCUGGUAAACUUAUCCUGGCCAGACGGAAGUUCUUAGAGAAAGAACAGAAACAAAAAACGAAAGAAGAGAAGAAGGAGAAUGAGACAAGAAAGAGGAAACCCAGCUCUUUGGCGAACAUGAAGACCAUAUCUCAGCUUGAACUGCAAAUAGACUUUGAGAUGAACGAUGGCAGUGCCAGCAAACCUGAACCUCCCACCAGCUAUGUCAACUUCCACUCUAGUGACAUUGAGCUGGGCGAGCAGGCGCCUGACCAAGAGCCACCCAGCCCCACACUGGUGUCCCAGCCCAUGCCCUUCCACACCCUCAUCCUCGACUUGGCAGGGGUCUGCUUCAUAGACCUAAUGGGCAUCAAAGUAUUGAUAAAGAUGAACUCAAGCUACACAAUGCUGGGCAUUAAGCUGUACCUGGCUAAUGUUCAAGCCCCGGUGUAUGAAGAACUGGAGAAUGGAGGAGCUUUUGAUGAUGGCAAUAUUGCCCGCAGUAAUCUCUUCCUUUCUGUCCACGAUGCCAUUGUGUUUGCUCAGCAGACCACUGAAGAGAGGCGAGUCUCCCCAAAGGCAGAGAGAGCAAGACAGGAACUUGCCUUUAACAUUAAUGAGAAGAAGGAUCUGGAGCAGGAAAUGUUUUGAGCACUGAUCCCUGCAGUGAAGACGAGCGGGAGAAACAUGCCGAAGAUACUAACUGUAAACUUUCAAUGUCACUGUAAUUUAUUGAAAUGUAUUGUUGCCAAAAAUACUUUCUGUGCUUGAUCUCGUAUUUCUUUGCUGGGUAUAAAUAAUCUAAAUAAAAUGUUUA